GUGAUCACAAUAAUAUUUCUGCUGAGAAAUAACACCUUUACUAGACGACCUCAACAGUGAUAGUAUUAACAAGAUGGAGUAUUUCAGGAAGGUUUCCGUCCUUGCGGCUCUUUUURUUGCCGUUGCAUCCACUGCAUCAGCAUUUGUUCCUAGAGCGAACAAGUUGUCCAACGCAUGCGGUGCUUCGAGCGGUAUGUUCAUGUCAGCGGUUGCUGAAUCUUCCGACACAGCAUCCGUUGCCAAGACCAUCGAUAACAUCAGGUCAGUUGAAGAUCAUAAAAAAAAUUCAAAUUGUUUCAACCGACGGCCCCGUUCACAACACACACAUGAGACGUUCCUAACAUUAUUUUAAAUUUUUUCCCCUCAGAAAUAUUGCUGUGAUUGCHCAUGUCGAUCACGGAAAGACCACUUUGGUCGAUGCCCUAAUCCGACAGUCGGGUGUUUUCCGUGACGAGAACCAAGCUGAUGAGGCUGGUGAACGUGUAAUGGAUUCAGAGGAYCAGGAGAGAGAGAGAGGUAUUACCAUUUUGUCGAAGAAUCUUGCCGUGCAACGUGAUGGCGUGAAGAUCAACAUUAUGGACACACCAGGUCACGCGGACUUCGGUGGAGAAGUCGAACGUGUGCUGAACAUGUGUGACGGUGUGAUUUUGCUUGUUGACUCCGUCGAGGGACCCAAGCCUCAAACCCGGUUCGUUCUCGACAAGGCCCUCUCGAAGGGAAUGAAAGCACUUGUCGUUGUCAACAAGGUUGACCGCCCUGCUGCCCGUGUCGAUUACGUCGUAGACAAUGUCUUCGACCUCUUCGUUGACCUUGGUGCCACUGAUGAACAAACUGACUUCAGAGUUGUCUACGCUUCUGGUCUGCAAGGAAAGGCCGGAGAUGAUCCAGAGGAACUCGCUGACGACAUGGGACCUUUGUUCGACGCCAUCUUGGAGAGCAUCGAUGCACCAACCGUUGAGAAGUCCGAACCCGAAGCUCUUCAAGCGUUGAUCAGUAACAUCGACUUCGAUCCUUUCAAGGGAAAGAUGGGCAUCGCGCGUAUCACGAACGGUUCAGUAAAGGCUGGACAGCCCAUUGCUUUGGUUCACCCCGACAAGGAUAAGCGAACUGGAAAAAUCAACGAAUUAUAUGUCUUCGACAACCUAGGAAAGACUGCAGUCGAGGAAGCCGCAGCUGGAGAAAUUAUUAUGUUCACCGGCGUUGAUGGAGUCGAAAUUGGAGACACUCUAGUCACUAACGAAAACGCCGGUUUGAAUGCAGCCGAACCGUUGGAACCCAUCGCUGUCGAACAGCCUACCGUUCGAAUGACCAUCGGAGUCAACAAGAGUCCUUUGGCUGGACGAGAAGGAAAGUUCUUGACAAGUCGUAUGAUCCGAGACCGCCUCUUCAAGGAGCUCGACCGUAAUGUUGCUCUGAAUGUUGCGGAAACCRACUCAGCCGACCGAUACGAGGUCUCUGGGCGUGGUCAAUUGCACUUGACUGUCCUCAUCGAAACCAUGCGUCGUGAAGGAUUUGAACUCGAGGUUGGUCCUCCUACCGUUAUYUUCAAGACAAACGAAGACACUGGUAAGGAAGAAGAACCUUGGGAAKCCGUCGAAGUCCGAGUUCCUGAAGAAUACAAUGGAGCCGUCAUUGAUUUGCUAAACACUCGCAAGGGUGAGCUUCAAGAUAUGGGUCUAGAAGAGUCCUCGGGCAUGUCUGUUGUCAAAUACUUGGUCCCCACCAGAGGAAUGCUGGGUCUUCGAUCCGCUCUCCUUUCCAGCACCCGCGGAACUGCCCUUAUCGAUAGUGUUUUCGAUUCCUACCGUCCCAAGAUCAGCGGCGACAUCCAAGCCCGUGAUCAAGGAUCUUUGCUCGCAUUUGCUGAUGGAGAUGCGACGACAUUCGGUAUCGARGGUGCUCAAAGCCGUGGAAAGAUGUUUGUUUCUGUAGGUGAUGAUGUCUACAAAGGCAUGAUUAUUGGAAUCAAUCAACGCCCCGGUGACCUCGAAGUCAACAUUUGCAAGACCAAGGCACURAAUAACAUGCGUGCUGCCUCAAAGGAUAAGAAUGCUGGUAUUGUUACACCGAUCGAGAUGUCCUUGGAUKCGUGCGUGGAAUACCUUGCUGUCGAUGAAAUUCUUGAAGUUACUCCUAGUCUGUUCCGAAUGAGCAAGAAUCCUGAGAUGGCAAAGAARGGGAAGGGAAAGAAAUAAAUAGAUUUUGAUUAUUCUUUAGAACUAAAUUUUACUAUUUUCGACGUGAAUUUUUCUAUUUUGACGUGAAACUUCGUAACUUAAUAAUAUUCACUUUGUGUA